UCAAUCUGCCUCCUAAAAGAAACCAAAACGAAAACCCGCGUCCUAGAUCCAACCACGCAGCAUUCCCAAUCAACAUCCAUACACCGCCUGCUCCAUGACUGCCCGAAUAUGAUCCGGGUUACUUGUUCUCCUGGACGCCGGAUGCUUGCUAGGAGGAGGGCUCGAGUGAUCCGUCGUCGUGCUGCCCCCAUCGUCGUCGGUUUGGAUGCUCGAGUCCUCGCUGUCGGAGCUGGCACUGUGACUGAGAGGCGGAGAAGGGAAUCUAUAUGUCGACUUGCUCUGAUCAUGGUCCGCCUGCUUGGGAGAGUCGUCGCCGUCGGAGCUGUCACCGGGAAGGGAAUUCGAAAGAUCCGCCGUCUUGUUCGGAUUCCGAUCACCGCGCUGGCUCGCUUCACCACCCCCGGCAUUGCCACUAGGAAAAAGAUUCCCAUCACGCGCCGUCGAACUCCAAUUAUUAUUCCAUUCCAUCGUCGACUGACCAUGCUCCGGUCCCUCGUCCAAAGUCCUGACAACAUGAUAACACCCUCGCACAGUCACCAAAUCUCCACCGAGACCUUGCUCAAUCCGAAGCUCCAUGGAAUUGUACAACAUUGUCGGUUGCUUCUGAAAGUGCUUCUCCUUGUGCUGUGCGAAACCCUCCAUAUCAUUGACGGGAAAGGUUUCCGUACAGUUUCUCCAGUCGCAGAGACGGAGGGUGUAUCUGGUGUGGCGGCGGCUGGGCAUGAUGAAGGAUGGUGGUGUGCUGGUUGGUUGGGAAUUGGUGGCGGGAUAGGAGGGGAUGGGUGUGUAAUAAGUGAAUGUGAUAAUGAUUCUGCUGUAAAAGGAGUGCGAACAGGUAUCCGGAGGGUGCAGGUGGUGGAGGUGGAGUGGAGAAGAAGAACAUGGGAGGUGUAGGAUGGUUAUAUAUUUGUGUCUUUUCGAAGGCAGGAAGUA